GCAAGCUUUAUUAAAUCAUAAACAAUAUAAUAACACAAAUCCCCCUUUUUUGUCUAAUGCAAAAAGAAGAAGGCUACAACUAAUAUAAGAAAAACUAUAGCCUCCCAAGAUGUCGAGUCGAGGACAUGGUGGGUCCUCUGGAGCAAAAUUCCGGAUUUCCCUGGGUCUUCUGGUAGGAGCUGUGAUCAACUGUGCUGAUAACACAGGCGCCAAAAAUUUGUAUAUCAUCUCUGUCCAGGGCAUCAAAGAACAACUGAACAGACUUCCUGCUACUGGCGUGGGCAACAUGGUGAUGGCUACAGUUAAGAAAGGCAAACUGGAACUAAGGAAAAAGGUCCAUCCAGAGGUGGUAAUUUGACAAUGAAAGUCGUAUCAAAGAAAAGAUGGGGUGUUUCUUUAUUUUGAAGACAAUACAGGGGUCAUAGUAAACAAUAAAGGUGAGAUGAAAGGUUCUGCUGUCACAGGUCCAGUUGCAAAGGAACAUGCAGACUUGUGGCCCAGGAUUGUAUCCAAUGCAGGCAGCAUUGCAUGAUUCUCCAGUGUAUUUGUAAAAUAUAUUCAUUAAAAAGUC